AAAUACAUCCAAUGGCGGCGCGGUUUAAGAACGACCGCAGCGGGACUCUGGAAUCAUCUUGGCUCUAUUUCAUCUUUGGAAAACUGUCGAGGACGAUGCUAACUACUCCCGAGGAUAACCAACGCUAAAUCUUACUGUUUUCACGCAAACUUUUGGAAGUAUUAAAAUAUUACACGACUGGGAACUUCCUCUCAGUAGCCAUGGAAAACUCAAAGGAAGACUAUAAGAUCCAGUCGUUCGACCAGGACACACAGAUGCUGCUGAAGACGGCGCUGAAAGGUUGGCUUGCAGUCGUUCUCUCCUUUCUUUUGUCAUUAACUUCUUUCCAACACCUAGAUCCAAGUGCGGUGAACCUGGAGAAGGUUUGCAACAUCAUCGUGGACCAGUCUUUAAAGGACCAGGUUUUCAGCAAAGAGGCGGGGCGCAUGUGUUACACCAUUGUUCAGGCCGAGGCCAAGCAGAACUCUGGGAACGUCUUCAGAAGAAACUUGCUGAAUCGACUCCAGCAGGAGUUCAAGGAACGCGAGGAGACCCGGACACGCUCGCUGCAGGAGUGGGUCUGUUUCGUCACAUUCUUCUGCAACGUCUUUGACUACCUCAAAGUGAACAACACUCCCAUGGAGGCUCUGGUUCAUCCCGUCUACGACUGUCUGAUGAGGAUGGCACAACCUGAGGCGCUGCUGAAUGAGGAGGAGGUGGACUGCUUGGUGCUGCAGCUGCAUCGCAUCGGCGAGCAGCUGGAGAAGAUGAACAGCCAGCGCAUGGACGAGCUCUUCUUCUUGCUCCGAGAUGGCUUCCUGCUGCAGGAGGGGCUCUCGUCCAUGGCUCGCCUCCUCCUGCUGGAGAUCCUGGAGUUCAGGGCUGGAGGGUGGCUGCUGAGCGGCACCGCCCAGAAGUACUACUACAGCGAAAUAGCCGACUAAGACUCUGUUUUACUGACUCUCGAUGCCUCCGCUCAGCCAGCAGUGAUUUAUUUUAUCCGUUAAAAACUGGAGGUUGAUUUUAUAGGACACCCUGGAUGUGAUUCGUGCAAUAGGACGUUAAUGUUUCUCCACAUCCAGGUACUUUUUGUUUUGAGUUGAGUUUUAGUCUUCCGGGCAUUCUGAUUUAAGAGUUUCACUGAAUCCGACAAGCUUACUAGAGUGUCACCAGAACUGUUCUGUGGAGGAUUUUAAAAAGUCUGACCUCAUAAGCAAGACUUUGUUCGGGAUGUUGCCUCUAGUUCAGAAGGCAGGUUUGAUUAUUGUUUUUUAUGAGGAGUUUUUAUUUAUGAAGAUGGAUGUUGUUUUACUGAAAAUAGGUUGGAUAUAUUUCAAGUGUUCUAUCAGCCUCAGUGGUGCUGGGAGUAUAAGAUCCUCGUGGUUAUUUGGAUUCUUUACUGUUACUUGUGAAGAUUUAAGCAACACCAGCGUCAAUAAAGAUACAAGAGUUUGUGGAGUAGAGCGUAGAGAGAGUAGAGUUUACACUGGUUGUCCUGGAAACGACGCAGCAUAGACAGAGGGAAUCUGGGCUCCUUCAUUUAAUCUGCUGCCUCCUCGACUCCUACACUAAGGUAAAAAAAUUCAGGAAUAUUCA